AUGUUGGGGAGAAGAAACGCAGGGUUGAUAUUCGCAUUUGUUGUGGGCGUUGUGCUCCAGAUAAUGAUAUGCUGUGGACAGAACAUUAGCAGAGCAAGUUUUCCGAAGGGUUUUGUUUUUGGGACGGCAUCUUCUGCUUAUCAGUAUGAAGGAGCUGUCAAGGAGGAUGGAAGAGGUUCAACAAUCUGGGACAAAUUUGCACAUUCCUUUGGUAAGGUAAUUGAUUUUAGCAACGCAGAUGUAGCCGUGAAUCAGUACCACGUUUACUCUGGAGAUAUACAGCUUAUGAAAGACCUGGGAAUUGAUGCCUACAGGUUUUCAAUUGCUUGGUCCAGGAUUUACCCUAAUGGUACAGGGGAAAUCAAUCAAGCAGGAAUUGAUCAUUACAAUAAUCUCAUCAAUGCUUUACUAGCUAACGGCAUAGAACCUUAUGUGACUAUCUACCAUUGGGAUCUGCCUCAAAGUUUGGAAGACAAAUACACCGGAUGGCUUGAUCCGCAAAGCAUAAAAGACUAUGCAAUCUAUGCCGAAACAUGCUUCAAAGUAUUUGGUGACAGAGUAAAGCAUUGGAUUACAUUCAACGAGCCUCAUACUAUGUCUGUACAAGGCUUUGAUGUCGGGCUUGAAGCACCGGGGCGUUGUUCCAUUCUUCUUCACGCAUUUUGCAGGGCUGGAAAUUCUGCAACUGAGCCUUAUAUUGUUGGCCACAACGUGCUUCGUUCACACGCUGCAGCAGUGGACAUUUAUAAGAAAAAGUAUCAGACAACGCAACGUGGAUCAAUUGGAAUAUCACUUGAUUCCUUCUGGUAUGAAUCAAAAACAAACUCUUCAGACGAUAUUGAAGCCACACAACGAGCAAUAGAUUGGAACUUGGGCUGGUUUUUGGAACCUCUAAUCCUCGGGGACUAUCCAAACUCGAUGAAAACAAGAGUAGGAAGCCGAUUUCCUAGAUUUACUCAGGCCGAAUCUUCCAUGUUGAAGGGCUCCUUUGAUUUCAUUGGCAUAAAUCACUACACUACGUGGUAUGCUAAUGUGAACAAUACCAACUUAAUUGGUGUUCUGCUGAACGACUCCCUUGCAGACUCUGGCACCUUUACUUUCCCGUUCAAAAAUGGGAAGCCUAUAGCAGACAGGGCAAAUUCCAUAUGGUUGUACAUUGUACCUCAUGGGAUCAGAAGCUUAAUGAAUUAUAUAAGGGAAAAGUAUGGGAACCCUCUUGUCAUAAUCACUGAAAAUGGAAUGGAUGAUGGAAAUAGUCCAUUUGUUUCCAUUGAGGAUGCUCUCAAGGACACAAAGAGGAUCAAAUACCAUAAUGAUUAUCUCACGAACUUGUUGGCUGCUAUUGUAGAAGAUGGUUGCAAUGUGAAAGGGUAUUUUGUAUGGUCCCUUUUGGAUAACUGGGAAUGGGCUGCUGGAUUUGGCUCCAGAUUUGGUCUAUACUAUGUGGACUAUAAUAACAAGCUCAAAAGAUAUGCAAAGGAUUCUGUCAAGAUUUCUAAUUCGAGGAUUCAUCUUAGGGCUCAUCGGUUCUGUAAAUUGACUUGGGGUUCCGUAGAAAAGAUGGGAACCAAACGACCGUUUCAAGAGGAUGACUUUCCAGAGCUUUCUUUCAAGCAUGCUGAACAGCUUGGUUUUAAUAAAAAAUUGAAUUCAUAUUUUGAGGAUUUUUCUUCUUGUAGAACUUCUCCAAAAUCUGAUACUGUAGGUGUAGCUGAGAGCAACUUCUGUAAAUACAAAUUUGAUGAGAGGCAUGGAAAUGCUGACAUCAGCAGUUACUCCAAUAUCGAUGAAAUGGAGUUAGAGAUGAGGACACCCUUAUCAUGGGUUGCAAACAGCAGUAUUGACGAAGAUUCCGCAUUCGAGGACAAGUUUUGCUGGUCUCAUUUUCAACGAUAUUUCGACUGUAGUGUUCCAAGACGACUCCCUGUUCAGUUCCAGGAUCCUUAUUCAUUUUUGUUGAAUUGUUCUCCGAGGAAAGAAAUUCCUGUUGGACGAGAUCAUCAGGCUGAAGUUCCGCCAUGGGAUCCGAAUGUGACCUGGAAAGAUACUUUAAGUCCCAGCUACUUUGUUGACAAUGAAAGUGAAGAAAAACUGAUGGGAACAUGUAUCAUCCCAAUGCCAAAUUUAAAGUUUGAUGGGAUCAAAGAAGUGCAUGGCCAAGCAGACUGUAGCUGCCUGGAUCGGGGUUCCGUAAAAUGCGUACAGCAACACGUAAAGGAAGCACGAGAAAAAUUAAGAGAGACAAUCGGAGAUGAGAAUUUCGUGGAGUUGGGAUUUCUCAAUAUGGGAGAGAAGGUAGCAUCCAACUGGACUGAAGAAGAUGAACAAAUUUUUCAUCAGGUCAUUUACUCUAAUCCAGUGUUGCUUGGUAAAAUUUUUUGGAGAAACCUUUCUGCGAUGUUCCCAACUCGAACAAAGAAGGAAAUUGUCAGCUAUUAUUUUAAUGUCUUCAUGCUCCGGAGACGGGCUUUACAAAACAGAUAUGAUCUGUUGGCAAUAGAUAGUGAUGAUGACGAAUGGCAUGGUGCUGAUGGAGGAUUCUAUCAAGGUGGAGAAGAAGAUGAAGACUCUAUAGUCGAAUCUUUUGGUGAUCAAGAUGUUCACAUGAGCCGUGGGAACGACUCUUCGUCUGAAAAUGUAUGCAGAUACGAGGUGAAGGAUUGUGGUAAUGGCAUUUUUUAUGGGAACGGGAAUGGGGAACAGGGAGAUGCUAUUGAUUUGGAUAGUAAAAGAGUUUAA